GCCGGUCUUGAUUUCGCGUAUCUCUGGCCCCAGACAAGUCGAUGGUCAACUGAUAAGAAACGAGCGCGGCACGAAUCCGAUCGAGGCCAACAGGGUCUUUUUCUUUCUUCUCCUCGCUCUUGAUUGGGGGCUUUGGGGUUCUAUUGCUACUCGUACUGCUUGGGUGUUACUCUUCUGGACAUGCCCGCUGACUGGCGACUGCAACCUGCUGGCUUCGGUACGAUUGCUGGCUGCUAAGUCGCUUGCCUGCACCUGCAACCCGCACCCGCAACUGCACCAGUCCAGCAACUGCGAGCCACACACACUCUGCAACAUCCAUCCCGCUCUUUCUAUCUCAGUUCUGGGCCUGCACCGAUUCUUCCCAUUCUUUCAGCUAAUCAGUUGCUACUGUCUGCGUUGAGAUCUGGAGAACACCCUGAUCUUGUCGUGUGCGGCCUUGAACUGCUGUACGCUUGCUCAACCGGAACCCCUCCACUCUCAGCAAUUGCUUCCCAGGACCGUUUAGCCUGGCGGAUCGAUCAUUUGUGUCCAUGUCUCGUUUCCCGGCCUCAGUCGUAUGGAGAUCCAGAUUCCUUCGCCGUCCGUCUUUUUAAAGCAAUCUCCUGUCCUUACACCCGCACCGACUGUUCCACCAAAGCGGCCAGCCGUUGCGAAACCCAAGGCAAAUGCCACCUCAAGGGCCCCCAACAAACCUGCUUUGGCGGCUCACGAUGGCGCUGUAACAAAACCAAAGCAAAGCAAGAGUCGAAAUGGUUGUAUGACAUGUAAAAAGAAGAGAUUAAAAUGCGACGAGACCAAACCUUCCUGCGCCCAAUGCCAGAAGAGGAAUGUCGUUUGUGAAGGAUACAAAAAAGAUUAUAAAUGGCGAACCUUCGAGGAGACCACUUUCAAUGCGAAGCCUGCCAACAAAAAGAAAGCCUUCCGGUCGAAUUCCUUCGCUGUCAAUCACCAUGGCGCCCAACCGCUCAAUAUCGCUGGAGCCGGAAGAGCAGAUGCCCGACACGUUGGUUUGGAGGAGGCGCAACCAGCACAGACAUGGUCGCCAGGCCUCCACACCGCCUUUACUGCGGCCACUCAUGCCUUCCAGGACCAGGUGCAGCGUCGGGGUUCGUUGUCGAGCCCAGAACAGCAAGCAGAUUUCAGGCCAGAGACCGACCGUUCACCACGUCUCAAUCUGAGCCCCGGCUCGGUCUUCAUGCCUGCAUUUGAUUCCGAAGGCAUCUCGCCUGGUCUAGCCUUUGGCGAACACAUGGAUCGGUACAACUUCCACGCAAGUCUAUCUGCUACAGAGAACAAUAGUGCCAGGUCAUUCUCCUCUGGGUCUCCACAACUGUUAGAUCUUCUUCUGCCAGGGACAGACUUGAAUCAACCGCCCGACCCAUCAGAACUACGGCCUCCGAUGUCUCCAUUACCAUACCAACCGGACUCAAGUGUAAAAGGGGAAGACGAUUUUGAUGAGGAGAUCCUCCGUUCGAAUGCCAUGGGCAACACAGCUGGAAUGCCUGCCACACCACUGACAACACCCCUCGACCCCACCACUUCAAGUUGGCGAGCCUUUCGAGCGGCUUCACCUACACCCAGUGAAGGGUCGAGCUCUUCCUCCAAGUCCAGCGAGCUCACAAUUCUUGCUCGACCGUCGUUGGAUGCUUCUUCUCCCGAAAUGCUUAUGCUCCGCUUUGAUAAGCAGACAUGCGGUAUAUUAUCUGUCAAAGAUGGCCCGACUGAGAAUCCCUGGCGAACGUUGGUCUGGCCAUUAGCUCGCGAAUCUCCAGCUUUGUACCAUGCCAUCUCGUCAAUGACAGCAUUCCAUGGCGCCCAUGAAGAUCCUCUGCUACACACACCAGGCAUGGCACACAUGACGAAGUCAAUCAAACGUCUAGCGGUUGAGAUCCAGAACAUGCGACUUGACUCAGCCCUCGCAACUUCAUUGGCCUUGGCGUUCAGUGAAGGUUGGGACAGCCACGUCAGCACCGGCGUGCAACAUCUACGGGGCGCAAAAAUCAUGGUCAAUAAUGCCAUGGUCAAGCAUCGACGAGAUAUGCAAUUAGGUCAAAUGACAACCCAGGACGCCAACAGACUCAAGUUUCUGUGCAACACCUUUGUCUAUAUGGAUGUCAUCGCUCGCUUGACAUCUUUGGAGGAGGCAUCUGAAUUGAAUUUCGAGGAGAUACUUGCCACAGUCAACACUCCUCUCGGAGACCAAGUUGAAGUAGAUCCACUCAUGGGUUGUGCAACGACCUUGUUUCCUCUGAUCGGCUGCGUUGCGAACCUCAUCCAGCGCGUUCGCAAGACGGAAUCCAAUUCCCUCACGUCGGUUUCGUCGGCCAUGGAGCUGAAGGAACAACUACAGCAAUGGCAAGUGCCGAGUGUUGUGAUGUUUGAACGUCCCGAAGACCCAAACUCUGAGGUUCAACAUUCGAUCCAGACAGCUGAGGCGUACCGCUAUGCUACAUUGCUGUAUCUGCACCAAGCCGUCCCUGAGAUCCCAAGCGAUCCGGCACCCAUGCUAGCAAAGAAAGUACUUGUCACUCUGGCGUCGGUCCCUUUAUCUUCCCGUACUACGAUUGUCCAGAUAUUCCCGCUUUUUGCGGCGAGUUGCGAAGUUACCGAUCCGGACGAUCGAAGCUGGGUUAUGCAGCGAUGGGCGGCAAUGAUGACACGCCUGAAGAUCGGAAAUGUCGCUGCUUGCUGGAGCGUGGUGCAAGAAGUGUGGAGCCGACGAGAUACCUACGAGAGUGAGAAGGCGAAUCGUUUGCUUCAACGAUACAACUCGCGCGGCGUACCUGGCGGCAAUUUCGUGCCACCUGUCAUGAAUAUGCCACCAGGGCUGAAGAGGAAGGCUUAUACCGUUGACAGUGCCAACGAAGAUGGAUUCUUCAGCCAAGGGCAGUGUCAGCCCCAUCAAAAUGCGGAUUCUGCGGAUUCUGCAGAUUCAGCUGGAUUUAGAGCAGGAGAACGCCUUGACCCAAGCGGAAGAGCCCUCAAGCGACGAGUUACACUUGAUACGAUGAGUGGUGGCCUACCUAUGUCCAUGUCUAGGGGGAUUGGUGGUGCAGGCGGAUUUUCCUUGCCAACGUCCGGCGCAGGGGGGAACUUCUCUCGGCGACCAACGGGAGAUAUCACUUCGCCAGACCAACUUGAGCAUGAGUAUACGGUGCGGGGACAGCUGCAUUGGCUUGGUGUCAUGGCAGACCGUCAAUGGGAAGUUUUUCUCGGGUGACGAAAUUGCCGCCGCCCGACAAUGGAUCUGACUCUGGCCUACAUAAGAAAUGUGCUUUUUGCUCGUCGACUUUACACCUGGACUGGUCGAUCGAUUCUCUCGUUGGCGAUGUUGGUGGAGAUAAUGUCUGCUGUCUUUGGAGAUACCGAUCCUGGGAGAGUGAGGUCGAUUCACCUGCUUCAUCCUCACACUUUUCGAUACUCCGUUGCUGUUGCCAACUUUACUUACAUCCACUGCUCCAUGCGCUCUUCGCAGGGCUGCCAGAUCCAUCCAUUGGAACUCUGGAGAUUUCUCCCGGUCACUUCCACUGCUGUUACCGUUGCUGCUACUCGAAGCAGAAUCAGUGCGGUCACUGAUGGACUGACGUCGGCCAUUCUCCACGCUUGCCAGGUAAUUGCGCAUGCUGGCCGUAUACUCGUCCAGCUCGGCGCUCUGGGAUAUCUUGGACAUGGGUGCCGGUCUGACUGCCAUCCCCGAAUUCUGACCAUUGGUCAUGCCCUGGGUCUUACGCCGAUUGCUAGUCGCCGGAGGCUCUGUUGAGGUUGUGGACGCCCUCAUGAUGUUAUGUUCUGAAAUGUUGUUUGAGACUGUCGCUUUGGAUUUCCUGGACAGGUGGCGCGGAUUCUCUGCAGCCCUCGUGAUUAUAUCUGUGCUUCUGGCGAGAGACGGCGUUGUUUUUUGAGGAAAGGAUAUGGAAAGGGUGGGUUACAUGCGGCGCCUAUGUUGAUGCUUUCGAAUGACUGUACGAGCGAGGCGUUUACACCGGAUGAAUGAUCGGUCCUAGUGCGGUUGCAUAUGGAUGAAUUGUAGUUAUCGAGAAUGGCGUCUGAAGCGUCGCAAUGGUAUAUUGGCGCAGAGGCAAGAUCACGAGCAAGCCUAGAUGAUGUGGCGUGUGUUGCAGGGCGUGAAGAUGUGUCGCCAAAGGGUAGAAUCAAUAAAAUGCUGCUUUA